AUGACCUACUCUUCAUCAGGACUUCCUCCACCAGCUGUUUUUCUCCAUCAAGAAGCCCUCCAUGCGAUCCCCUUACCACCCCUCGCGUCAUGGUUAAUAAGUUUGCGCAAACCCGAACAUCUCGUGAGAUUGAACGACCUCCUGCAGCGAUAUAAGACACCUCAGAGUUAUCAUAGGGUAGAUGUUAGACUGAUCGAAAGCUCAGAGCUGCCACCUGGGAGUCCGGAUAGUCAAGUUGAGGAAUUGGGAGAAGAUAGGAAAGUGAGAAAGGGGAGUAGAGACAUUGUAGAGUUGGAUGAAGGCAAUACGUUGGAAGGAUAUUGGUGGAGUAGAAAUGGGCAAGGUCAGCCUACGGAGCCAGUGGAUCAUGACCAGAGGAUGACUGUCGAGGGAAAUGAAUCUAGGAUGGACAAGAUUGAUGAUGCUGGAUCAGGAUCAAGGCAAAAUAUAACGAGUCAACCUCAUACGGAAACACUGAAGAAAGAACAGGAGCGAUCGGACACCAAAAUGGACACAACAACGCCGUCUCUUACGCAGACAGAAGAAGCUUUGAAAGCCCUACGACUCCCACCUUCACCGUCCGAACCCCCUCAAUCGCCUAUUCCAACCUACCCCCUACCUCCGAUCGGACCCACUCGUAAAGUCCGAGAAUUACGCUUAGAUCUACGUACAUUGGACGCAGCAGCUCUGUUCGCAUUGGAAACUUGGCGUAGGGAAGAAUUGGGUUUGGAGAAAUUGAAUAUGGAAUUUCCAGAUUCAGUGUGGUAUAAAGAUCCUACUCCUACACCUUCGCCUUCACCUCCGCCUAAGUCAAUAUAUACGUCGACAGGGAAAAAGAGAGGAAGACCUAGAAAACAUCAUACACCUAUUAUCGUCAAUCCGGAGGAUGAAAUGACAGAAACGGGCUUAGGAUUGCAAUUUGGGGAAACAGGUGGAGAAGCUCAGAAUGGUAUGAUGACUGAAGAACAGACUAAGGGGUAUGACCACUUAGUAAACACCCCUCAAACCAAUCAGGAAAAAGAUGGUAAUAUCGGACUGCAAGGGGAGACUCAAUCCACGAUAAAUGUUCCCGAUAUAUUAGAAACGUUUGUUGAAUUGGCUCAGAAAGGUGAAGAGGUAGAAAAGGUGGAUGUAUCACCGCCUGAUCUGGAUGAUGACCCGGUGCGGUCUCUAGAGGAUGAUCCAGUCAACCCAGAAGCAAAAACGGGGGGCGAGAUGGAUCUGGCGCAGCGGCAAGUCCAGAACGAGGAAGAGGCAGAAGUCGGACCGUCUCGCGCUACCCCAUCAUCACCUUCACCAGAUAUACUUCUAAAUGACAUAUUCAACGAGAAAGAAGAUGACGAUCUAGAUUUCGUUCCUCCUCCUUCCCCUCCUGCCAGACGUCCUAGACCUAGGAGGAAUAGGAAAUCUCAAGUGGACGAAAAUGCAGAAGAAGGCGAGAAAGGUAGAGUGGAUUUUGAUAUGGGCGUCGUUGAAACACACCAACAUGAAAGAAGAACGAAGUCGCCUCAAUUUAUAGUGGAUAAGACAAGCAAAUCGAGAUUAACAUCUAAAUCGAAAUCGGUAUCGGUCGAAGUUAUAAUGCUUCCCGAAAUACCGACUAAAACUCUCGACCAUGCCAAAGAACAAGCCAUUCGAUCACCAUCGAUAGAACUUUUACCGAACCAACCUGAACUACAGAAAUCUGCCAAGAGACCUAGAGGAUCUACCACGAUGUCGGCUUCCAUAGCUCUUCGAUCACCGAAGAGAGCUAGGAUAUUCACUGAUCCGCCGACGAUGAUAUCCAAGACGAGUCCGGUAGCAAAGAGGAGAGCAGGAUUUGUAGUAGAAAUACCUAGUAGAAGGGCUGUUCCACCGGAUAGCGAGGACGAUGUAGAUGAUGAAGAAGAAGAAUGGGGAUUCCUGAGAUCUUUUGGUUAG